ACUCUUGCCAACCGUUGCAGUUUUUAUUUUGACGUUUGUUGCGUAUGGUGUGUAAGCGUUGUGUAUCUAAAUAAAUCGGUGCUCAAUUGUGUUCAUCACGGAUAGAACCACAUAUAUGUUUUCAAUAUGUUCGUUUCGAGUGUUGGAUGUAAUCCUAGAUCGAACAGUGAUCGUGAGCGGUCAGGGAGGGAGGCAAAACCGUAUUGUCAGUGUUGGAACAAGAGGACUGCGCCAAUGCCCUGGAAACAGCUGAGCGCUUGUUCCUGUGGCGAAGAACAUGACGUGAGCGAAUGGAAAUGGGAGCACCCUGACACAACAGGCACGAGUUGGGUGGUGGUCAGCGAGGAUCAGAAGCAAGUGACAUUCCAUCCGUUCUACAGUUCUGGUACUGCUGCGGUGAGAGGAGAUACUCCGCUGCUGCCAAACCAUCACUACUACUGGGAGGUGAAGAUGUUGACAGAUACGUAUGGGACAGAUAUUAUGGUAGGCGUCGGCACCAGUAAAGUGAACAUGGCCGAUUCGCAGUUCAAGUUCACGUCGCUCCUGGGCCAGGACGCGGAGUCCUACGGGCUGUCGUACACGGGCGCGGUGCGGCACAACGCGACGGUGAUGCGCGACUCCGCAGGGUUCUGUCGCGGCACCAUUAUAGGAGUCAGGGUUGACAUGUGGCGAGGGACUUUGGAGUUCUAUCUUAAUAGGAAAUCGCAGGGCAUAUCAUUCUACAAUUUGCGGCGGCACGAGGCUCUGUACCCUAUGGCUAGUUCGACGGCAGCACAGUCGUCGAUGCGGCUGAUCUACGCGGCGUCGUGGCCCGCGUCGCUGCUGGUGGACGCGGCGCGGUCGCUCGCCGCGGCGGAGGGGCGCCGCCCCCGCCUGCCCCCGGGGCUGUGGCGCACGCUCAAGUCGCAGUUCUGGCUCACGUUACCCACUGAAGGUUGCAUUCUGGAUGACGAUGAAGAGGAUUCCAUGGAGAUUGACACGAAUGCCAAAAUAGGCACCAAUGUUUUAGGUGAGGUGCUCCCGAGUCAGUAUGUGAAUGGCUUCUAUGUGGACAAUGUGGACCGCGACUACCGAAUCGUUGUGUGGGAGUAGGCUGGAGCUUUACGGUACGCGAAUUAACUUUGCCGGCCUAGUACGACGGUAUCAACUUUGCCGGCCUUGGCAGGAUCAUAUUAGAUCCCAGGUAGACCUAAUAAACCGGUCAAUAUCCUAACGCCCGAUUCCUAUAAACUGUCUCAAGUUCUAACUAAAUGUUAAUGGUAAGUAUAAACCUAUCACAACUCGUCUAAGCAUGUCAAAUUUUAAUCUGAUUGGUCCAUUCCCGCUAUAGAUCUGGUUUUAGCGAUUAAGAUAGUUUAUAUGGGAAUCGGUCAAGUCACGUGACCUACUGACUAAACCACAUAAGAGGCGCCAUUUUUAGUCAUUUCCGCUCUUUAUAAAUCUUCCGAUUUUCAAAACUACAAACGUCAGACCGGCAAAGUUAACUUGUGCGUAUUGUACAGUCGACCUCAAAUGAAUGUGUACAUUGGUAAAGUACAAAAUAAAUUUUAAUGUUGGUAUGUGCGAGAGGUGGGUUGCUUAAUUAGCUGUAUUACAAAACGGUUGCGUCGUUUAGUAUCGUUGUAACAUUCAGUUGUUCCAACUGUUCAGUCGGAUUGUCAUCACACUAUGCUUAGCAAAUCUGCUACCCAUUUUUAGAUUAUUUGCAGAAUGUCUUAUAUACAGUCACAAUAAUCGUUGUGUAGGCAAAAUACGAGUAAAAAGUUAGAUUUAUAAUUUAGUGAUUUAUUUGCAAUUUAGUGAUUAAAAUGUAUAAGCAAAAAUAAAAUAUGUUACAGUUUUCUCUGUUUUACAGCCUAUUUUCUUUUUUAUUAUAUGUUUAGCAUCCAUUGAGAGCAUUUUAUUACUAAAAAAGUAAUUAAGUAAGUAAGUACAUAAUAGUUUUAUUAUUUUUGUUCUGCCUUAAUUUUUAUAUGUUGUCCAAUUAUAAUUAAAUUAUUUUUUGCGUUGGAUCCCGUAUAGCUACCAAAUGGUGCCAUUUCAAUUUCAUUUAGAUUUCGAAGGUGCACAGGGAAAUUCUUCGGAAUACAAUAGAAUCAGAAAGAUUUUUGUAUUGUUUUUUAUAAGAUGUGUAUUAUACAAAAAAGUAAAAAUAAAUACUUUUUUACAAUAACAAAAAACAGGUGCAAUGAUAAAUGCAAAGCGUUCUUGCUAUUAAGCUUGUUUAAGUUGAAUAAUUACAAAGAUUUGAUUAACUUUAUUCAGCUGUUUUACAUUCAAAUUUUGUUCUAAAAUCAAGUAGUAGUUGUGUAAAAGAGCUAAUUAAACAAUCCAAUUGCGACAUAUUAUGAAUUUCUAAUAUGGAACGUCUUUCUGUCAACAUAUACAUUCAAUUGGGGCUGACUGUACAAUGCUGAUACAACACCAUAAGUAAUGCAAAUCGGAAUUGCCACAGUCUCUCUCUAUAAUAUUUGUUAAUAAUUCAGUAGGUACUUAUUUUAUUUUCUUGGUAUAAAAUCUAAUAGAGUAUGUUAAUUCAAAGAGAUACAAUCAAUUAUAACAAUAGAUGCAACUUAACUGUGCCAAAAAAAAUCAUAUGUACAAUUAUAGAUUUAAUAAUAUUAUAAUAAUACCUACUGAAAUUCUAGUCCAUUAGAAGUGACCAUAGCCAUCAACGCGUAUGGGCGGCAAAAAAGCGAACAGAUUAUUCUUCGGAAGGGCAAUGUAAGAUAAUAGUUAUGGUGUUAUAUUUGCAUCUUUACAUGCUUUAAUCCUAUUUAAUUUUUGUAUUUCAUAAUUAUAAUUUAUGUGUUCCACCACAGCAUAGAAAAUUGUAGAGCAUGUUUUCUUUUUCAAACUUAUUUUGUAAAUUUAAUGAGCUAAAGUUAGUUGCUUGGGUAAUUUUGUUGCUGUAGAAUAAUUCGAUGAAAUAAUUAUUUAUCUAUGAUAUUUUUAUACUGUGGUUAUUCUGUGUAAUGAAGUGGUAUUUGUUUUUGUAAUAAACCAUUAAAUAUAAUCUUUAAUA